UCCUGCAGGGAUGCUCUGGGCUGUGGACUCCGCUGGCUACCCCACUGUCGAGGGUAACAUCGUCUCCCUCCCCGCUCUACCUCCUCCAGAUGCGCAGUCCCAUCCCAGGCCUGGUCAGGGUGAUGGUGUUCCUCGCAGCAGCCCUGGCGUCGGCUUCCCUCGCCAUCCCCGAGGGCUGGGGAGAGGAAGGUGUGCAGUACGGACAGGUGGGGACAGAUGUGACCCUCUUGUGCACCGGUGCCCAUGCCAGCUCACCGGUGCAAUGGAGACGGGCGGGUGCCAUGGCACUGCCAGAGGGCUCAGCCAUCCGGCAAGGAGCCCUGCUGCUGCCACAUGCCAGCUUGGCCACUGCAGGAACCUACAGCUGCCACAGCGAGGAUGGUGGCCUUCUGCACGCUGUGUCCCUGCGACUGGGGUACCUGCCAGGGGUUCCCUUUGUGUCCUGCAGAGCAUCUGACUACGAGAAUUUCUCCUGUUCCUGGACCUCCAGUGUGGAGACCUUCCUCCCUACCAGAUACAUCACAACCUACAG